AUGUCUAACGUCACUUCCAACAAUUCUACUUUCAGCUCCUUUGCUGAAACUUUUAAGAAUGGCGCUGUGACCAUGAAGAAUCGCUUCAGUGGCGCUCUUACUUUUGCCAAGGCCGAGUCCGCUUCCGAUGUGCCAGUUACGAAGCCGUGGCAUCCAAGCUCGGCUUCCACACCUCAAGUCCCUCCUGGUAUCCAGGUACCCAAGCAUUUGCAGCGCCAACAAGCCGUCCGCAAGGUCCGACGAGUCCCACCACCCAGAAUUCCUGUCGAGCUCGAAGAGGCUCACUCAAAUUCUACGCCCAUCAAAUCAUCUACUCCUGCUUCUGAAAUCACCGGCUCGGAGUUCGUUGUCGUCAGCCGCAAGUGCUCCGUCCAACGUAGAGACCCACCUCCACCAUAUUUCCGCGUCCCACGACCAGUCCGGUCUCCACAGGUCUCUGAGAAGAUCGACGCACCCUCGACGUCUUCUAUCCCUCCUCCUACCUAUGAGGACUGCCUCACUCUCACUUUGCGUGAAUCUCCCGUUGCCAAGGCCAUCAACGGUCUCAAAGCGAACAGGGUUAUUGGACAUGGCGCCUUUUCGAAGGUUUACGAUGCGGAGAUUGGGACGACAGGAAAACACAUGGCGGUCAAGUUGUUGGAUAAGGCGAAGAUUAUGAAUGAGUUUGGAGAGCCUGGACUGGAGACCAUUAUGCAGGAGCAGGCAAUACUGAGGAAGAUCGCUGAGCUCGAGAUUGAAGGGUGCGCAAAACUUUUGCUAAGCGCUCAUGAUGAACAAUUUGCUAUUGUGGGGACUGAAUGUUGCCCGCUUGGGGACAUUUCGAAAGAACUUAAACGCUCGGGGCGAUUGCCUGAACGCUUUGCAUCUUAUAUAUUUGCUAGCGUGGCACUUACACUUGAAAAGUUAGCGGCCAACAAUAUCGUCCAUCGUGACAUGAAACCACAUAACGUCGUCUGGGCCAACGAUGGCAAGCCCAAAAUCAUCGACUUCGAGGCAUAUUUGGCCCCAGAGGUCGCACGCAGGGAGAAUUAUGGACCCGAAGUUGACGAGUGGUCGUGGGAGGUUGCUCACUUCGAGAUGGUCACCGGCGUGUUACCUUUCGGACACCUUGGUGCGGCGGCGGCCAAAGAGCCAUUGAAUAUCUUACCGUUUCAUCGAUUGAGCGAGGACGCUGAAGACUAUUUCCGCAAGGUUCUUGACAAGAACAGGGAGACUCGAAUGGCUUGGAGAGAGGCCAGAAACCACCCUUAUAUCAAGAAGAUGGUCGCCGAUAUCUCGAAUGGAAGAAUCACUACCCCACCCUUCGUACCCAUCCAGCCAGCCGCAGUGUCAUUGGGCUUCGUAUUCACGAUCCCUUCCGGUUCAGCUUACGCUCCCGGUCAAGACCCGCACCCAGACUUCUCCUACCAGGCGCCGGAUUUGUAUACCCCUACCAUCUCCACGACGUCUUUCGCCGCUAAGUUAGCUAUCGGCAAACGCUCCGCGUCGACUUUUCUCUCGAAAACCCUUACCAAAGGCCCUGACUCGCCGCUUCAAACUUUGCCCACAGUGGCAACCCCAACAACUGGCACCUCGAUGUCACAGUCCGUAAAGACCUCUUCGAUGGAUCCUUCGAAACCUGUACCGAAAUGUGAUUGUGAAGAUAAGAGGGUGGCUGAACAGGAGAAAUAACGCGGGCGUCAUCGCCCUCUAGGAACUCAUUCAAUAAUUGUUGUAUACUGUUUUUUACUCUGUUUUUCCUGGGAUUUUGGGGAUUUUUUCUUAAAUAUUCAUACCCC